AUGGCCAACCUGAAGACACGGCUGUUGGUGUCCCUCGACGCGUAUGCCAAGCUGGCCGAGGAGCUGAUCCUGGCCGUGAAUACCCUGGCGACGCAGGGCGUUGGCCCGGCGGAUCCUGGGACAGACUCGCGGCCGGCACCCACCGGGGCUGCCCUUGGGGUCGGCUCCCCGCAUGGGAGGGACAGCGCCGCACCUCGGGCAGAGCUCACCCCGGCCGGCAGCCGAACUGUCACAGCACCCAUCGGGGCCAACGCCCACCGCGUGCUGAGUGUGACCGAUGCCCUGGUCGAGGUGGAUUCCAUCUUCCAGCGGGAUCUCGAUGAGCUCCACCUGCACCAGAUGAUGCAACGGCGCAUUCACCUGAUUGAGGAGGCGUAUCAAUCAGCCGAGCGGGAUAUCGUCAAUGCCCUGCAACUGCUCCACUCAUCUGAGACGCAGCUGGACCACUAUGCCGAAAUGGCCCAGCAGAGCCUGGCCCUCAUGGAUAUGGCUUCCAAGGCCAAGAUGACCGUCGACAGCCUGGUGUCCUAUUCGCAUCGAGUCAGCUACACGAGCACCGCCCCACCCAAGUCCAACCCCAACCUCCCCUUCACGCCGCAUAUGCCGCCCAAUCCGACGGUCGAUAUGAUGGCCAUCUCGGGCCUCAUGCAAAUGACUCUGGAGGCGUCGGCCCGCGGGGCCACGGAUACUGGGUCGCAAGCGGCGGCCGCUGCCGCGGCCGCCGCCGCAGCCGCAGCCGCCGCCAAGUCGACCGAGGCUCCCGAGGAUGCCGGCUUUGCCGAUGGCUCGGCCUCGGCCACGGUGGCAGCAGGCUCGGCACUCGCGCAGCACCCUCCGGCCCAGGCUUAUCCGGAUGUCAUGGCCAUGUUCUACGGCAUGGAGGGCGAUCACCACGAGUCGGACUAUUCGGACAUGGAGGAGGACGAGCUUCGGCAGCUGUCCGGGCAGCUGGCCACCGAGGGCCCCGGUGGCCCGGCCCCGGGCGGGGUCACGUCGCCCGGCGACGCCGGAAGCACAUUCCACUGGACGGCCGAAGAGGCGCCUGGUCCCGGGCUCGGGGGCACCCCUUCCAGCUUCGCCGGGCACCUGCCCGGUGCGCCAGGCCAGCCGGCCGCUUCCGGGCAUGCUCCCACCCCCGGGGAGGGGCCAUCGCCGCCUGCCGGCGAGGGGGAUGCCGCGAACGACGCCGUGUCUCCGACGACCGGCGACACCGCCGCGCAGCAUGGCAGCCCGGACUCCACCUCCUACCUGGCCGACCAGGACGAAGACUUCGAUCUUGGGUGGUAGCAGGGCCCGCUCGGGUCUGUGGCCUUCCCUUGGCCGGUCCCCGUCAUCUGUCCCCCCCCCCCCUCUCUCUCU